GUGAGUGACAAGCACUACAGCCACAACACUAGUGGACUUAUAUACAUCCCGCUCUUCACACGAUCUCAUUGGAUCGCGGGGGUAUUUUCAUUAUCCUCCCAAGCCGCAUCAUUGAACAAUAUAGGCGAAAAACAACAACAACAACGUAAAACGUACGUGCUACGUGUUUACGACUCGGCACCGUCACCGCCAGUGGAGCGCGAUAUACGACGUGCUCUCAGACCGUAUGAUGACAGCAUCACGGUAGAGUUUGUCCCGACCCCACGACAAGUGCGGUCUAGCGAGGAUUGUGGCAUUUUUAUGUCCAUACGUUUUUUUGCGUUUGCGGUCAAUGUGAAUGUCCGCAUCACGCCCGGUUUGACCAAGAUGGUCCGACAUUUGUUCGACACUGUGCUACGCCACUGCGAGGAACCGCCGACACGUGCGUUUUUCCUAUCGAGACUGAAACGUUUUCUAGAACUACGAACUGACAUGGAACGCCAAAACCUGUUAAACGCCACUAUAAUGGAAUGGCGACAACAGCAGCAUCAGCAGCACCCAACACAUCAACAGAAGAAAAACCUAUCGCGACAUCGCGAUGAGAGAGAGUGGCUUUACGGAGGGACAGGUGCCUCACAGCCAUCACAGCAACGAAGUCGACGAACGACGAAUGUGAAUGAUGACGAAGCUGUUGUCAACGCGGUGCGAGCGACCACUGGAAACGAGGAGGCGAUGGAACCCAUGGAGUGGUCCCAACCCCAGAGUGAGGUUGAAGGGCCAUUGCAAGAACGAGAAGAGGAAGAUGUGACAGGACUGGAAGUUGUGGAUGCGGUAAGAGCGGAAACCAAGUUUCCCGCUGAACCCAAGCGGCGACUGAUUGUGUGCCAGGCACGUCGCGUGCUGCUUCGCACGCAACUCGACUGGGAGGUGCAUCGGCGUCGCAAGGUUACCUACAUUCUGGCCGGUCUCGCGCUUAUCUCGGUUGGCAAGGGAGAUGACAAGGAGCUGCGGCCCCAGUCGAUCACCAAUUUUCGCACCAAGAAUCAUUUGGAUAAUUUGACCGAGUUCGACCUGUCCACCGUCUUUGACGCUUUGCAACUGCCUUAUUUUUCCCUUCAAUUCAACGACGAUCGUCCACGGGCCCAGCAGAAACGCUCGAACAAGACGGACGGCAAUCUGAGAGCACANAGACUCUCUCUGAGAGUCGUUGCUGCGCUGAUAACAGUGGUAUUUCAUCUCGUCAGUGUAAGUAUCCUGUUCCCACUAUUGGGUUGGUGGGCUAUCUGUCUGGAAAUAUCGAUGAAGGGAAAUGGAAUGAUGAAUACCUCGGCGUGA